GCGAGGGUCGACGGCAAAGCUUGGCACUCCGCUCCGCUCCGCCUUCCCCCCUCCCGCUGGUGCCCGGCCCCCCGCCGCUGCGGCGAUGGUGGACUCGGACCGCUGGCUUGCCUCGCACCUGCGCCCCGAGGCCCCCCGCCUGGUCGUGGGCGGGGGCGCGCUGCUGGUCGCCUCGUUCGUCAACUUCCGCACCGGCGCCCAGCUGAGGGACGCCAUCCAGGGAGACUCCUCCACGACCGCCCGCAGCCUCGGCCUCUUCGCGCUGGGGGCGUGCGCCGGCUGCGUGCGCACGGUCGUCUUCGACGGCGCGGCGGAGCGCCUGCGCGCCUCCCUGGCCGCCGAGGUCUUCGCGGCCCGCCUGCUGCUGGAGCCGCGGGACCUCAGGGACCCUGGCGCUCCGGCCGGGGCUGGGGAGGCCAAGGGCGGCCAGGGCGGCGGCGGCGGCGGAGCUGACGGCGCGGCGCCUUCGGCGGCGGCCGUGCUCGACAGUGACGUGGGGCUGUGCGCAGAGGUGGUCCCCAAGCUGCAGAACGUCGCGCGGUUCACAGCCUCGGUCGUGGGGGGCACGGUCGCGAUGCUGCUGGCCUCGUGGAAGCUCACCGCGGCCGUCUGGCCGCUCCUCGUCACGGGCACCCUGCACGGUGCGCGGGCUGGCGCAAAGCGCGGGGCGAAGGCGGCCGCACAGCUCGCGGCGGCGCGCGAGGAGGCGCUGGAGUUUGCGGAGGAGAGGCUGCAGCACGCAGACCUCGUGCGCUGGUUCUGCCGCGCGGAGACCGAGGCUGACGAGUUCGGCAAGAUGUAUGGCGCCUGUACCGCCGUGGCCUCCCGCGCGGCGAAGAGCCGCGGCAUAGCGCACAUGAUCUUCGACUUCAUCUCCAAGGGCAUCAUGCUCGGGCUGGCGACCCUCGGCAGCCGCCUCGUGCAGCGCGGCGAGCUCACGGCCGGGGAGCUGACGUCCUUCUUCUUCCACUCCUCCUUCUUCGGCCUGGGGCUCUACGGCCUCGUCGGCCUCGCGCCCGAGGUGGCAGCCGCGCGCGCCGCCGCGGCGCGCCUGGCCGCGACGCUGCCCGCCGCGGCCGGCGCUGCGGGCGCCGCGGCCGCCGCGGACCCCUCGGCGCCCUCGGCCCCAGCGCUGCCCGUGUCGUUCGAGGGGGUGGACUUCUCGUACCCGGGCGGCAGGCAGGUGCUCCGCGGCUUCUCCCUGGACGUGCGCGCGGGCACGACCUGCGCACUGGUCGGGCCGUCCGGCAGCGGCAAGUCCACGGCCGUGGCCCUGCUGCUCGGCGACCACGACGCCGCGGGGGGCCGCGUGCUCGUGGGGGGCAGCGACGUCCGCGGCCUGCCGCGGCCCUCGCUGCGGGGCCGCCUGAGCGUGGCGCCGCAGCAGUCGGCGCUGCUGGGCGGCUCGGUCUCCGGGGCCAUCGCGUUCGGCUUCCCCGCCGCCAGCGGCGCGGCCACGGAGGCGGACAUCCAGCGGGCCGCCGAGACCGCUGGCGCCCACGGCUUCAUUGCCGCCCUGCCGCAGGGCUACGCCUCUUCGGUGGGCUGCGGCGGCCAGCUGCUGUCCGGCGGGGAGCGGCAGCGGGUCGCGCUGGCGCGGGCGCUGGUGAGGCCGGCGCCCGUGCUGGUCUUGGACGAGCCUACGAGCGGCCUCGACGCGGCCACCGCCGCGGCGGUGACGGAGGCUGUGCUCGCGCCCCGGCCAGGCAGGCCCACGACGAUCGUGGUGACGCACAGCCCCGAGGUCGUCAAGCGCUGCGACGCGGUGGCCGUGCUGUCGAGGGACGGCAGCAUCGUGCAGCACGGCCCCACGGCGAAGCUGCUGGCCGCACCAGGGGCGGCCCUGCGGGAGGUCAUGGAGGCGGGGGUGCCGGGAGCCUGACCGGCCUUUUUGGCUGCACCCCCUCUGCUGGUUUGCCCUGCCAGCUGGCCCUGCCAGGUGCCCUCCCGAAUCGACUCAACUGUUUAAGGAUGUUGCGACCGCGCUCCCCGCACGCUGCCUCUCUCGGCGGUCCAUCCACGAUUGGAGUUCCACCUACUUCCAGGCCCUGGAUUCCUUGUUCAAGGGUUCCUUCUUCGCCUGGAGUGCGAGCAGCCCGCGGCAGCGCCGCACUUUUUUUGUUCUGUCGGCCGCGCCCCUCGCCGCAGCGAGACGGGCCUCCGUGGUGCGCCCCCUCGCAG